AUGUUUCGGGAGAUACACAUUAGCAUUCCUUUUGCUGAUGCGUUGGCUCAAAUGCCCCUUUAUGCGAAAUUCAUGAAACAGGUAUUAUCUAAUCGCAAGAAGUUAGAGGCGGUGGAGACAAUCAGUCUUAAUGAAGAGUGUAGUGCUGUUAUACAACGGAAGAUUCCUCCUAAACUCAAGGAUCCUGGGAGCUUUUCUUUGCCAUGCACUAUUGGACAAGUAGGAGUAAAACGAGCAUUGUGUGAUCUUGGAGCUAGUGUGAGUUUGAUGCCAUACUCUAUCUAUAAAAGACUUGGUUUGGGAGAGUUAAAGAAAACAAGGAUAUCACUUCAACUUGCGGAUCGAACUAUAAAAUAUCCACUAGGUGUACUUGAGGAUGUUUUGGUGAAUGUUGAUAAAUUUGUUAUUCCUUGUGAUUUUGUUAUUUUGGAGAUGAAUGAGGAUGUUGAGAUUCCGAUUAUCUUGGGAAGACCAUUCUUGGCUACUGCUGGAGCCAGUAUUGAUGUGAAAGCCGGCAAGCUUGCGCUAAAUGUGGGUGAAGAAAAAGUUGAGUUUGAUCUUGAUCAAGUUAUGAAGGCCCCGUCACUUGAAACCGAAAGUUUUGCUGUAGAUAUUGUUGAAGAACUUGUACAGGAUGUCACUUAUAAUAUUAAUUUUCGGAAGAAGGAAGCUGAAGCUGGUGAAAACAAUUUGAAGGAGACGGAUGUGACAACUGGACAAUUUGAGUUGGUUUUGAAGGAACCACCAUGA